AUGCUACUAGCAGUACCCGAAAGAGAAGACGAGCCAAUCAACUGCAUGCGCUGCAACGCACGCAAAAGGUUGACUUUUGAGGAGGCAGACAGCGGGUCCGACGGGAUAGCGGCAGUAUUCCGGCUGCUGUUAAGUGGAGGACAAGAUGAUGAUGCGGGAGCGGUCCGAGUGGAAGAGGAGCUGCUCAUCAUAUUCCAGCGGCACUUUGGGUUUGAUUCCUCCAAAGAGAGAGAACGCGAUAUCCAGCAAUGGGUGGAGCAUCAGCUGAUGGGCGAAGGGGAAAAAUAUUGCGCUGGUGGCUGUACUGGCGAGAGCGAUGUCGGCGAGCGAGUGGAAGCUUACGUGCUGGUGAAUAGGCAGUCUGGCGUAUGCUGCAUGCAAGUAUUUGGAAUUCUUAGUAAUAGGGGUCACUUCAAGCUGUCGUCACCCGAUUCACCAGUACGGGGCACAGUGCAGCACAGUCUUAUCCUCUGCCGGCAGCAAGCCACAUCUGGAUGCACCCAAGAUGUGCUUCCCAGCAGAUAUGAGGAGUGGCAGGCGCCCUGCCCUGAUAUCGAGGCCGCAUCACCACUCGAUGCAUUCCAAGUAGUUGACAGGCUGAUUGUGACGCAGGUGCAGGCCUUGCUGGACAGGCGGGCGCCUGAUAGGCCAGAAGAGGGAUUUCCUCGUAUCGCAGUCGGGUUCAGGCUCAAGGCCGCGCCUCCACCCAACAACUUGCUUGCAGUGGAAGACAAAGGCCAGCAAUGUACAGUGCCCAAGCAGCAACAGCCACCAUCCGCUGUGACUCGGUGCCGUGGCUGCGUGCUGCGAUGGGCGUCCACUGCGGAGCUGCUCGGCACCUGCCAGCCGGGAGCUGCCCCUAGAGCCAGCCAGCGCCCCCAGCCUGGCGCAGUUGAUCUGACCCGGGUCUGGCGCUGA